AUGGAAGCAUCGUCGAACGCAGAUGAUCAACAUCAUCUCAAACAGCAAGAAGAAAAACUACGAGCGAAAUACGGCGGGAUGAUCCCAAAGAAGAACCUGAUCGUGUCCGACCGGAAACAUUUCGACAGCGCGGACUACUGGUCGCGAGGGUCGAAUAAACAACAACAUAAAGAAGUUGUUGAAACAGAGAAAAAUUCUUCUCAUUUUGUUGAAAGUGGUGCUGACUCAUCACAAGAGAAGAUGCUGAAACCAGUGCUCGGAGCGAAAGACGUGGCGGGGUUAGGGACGUCGCCGCCGUCGGAUGCGAGCACGUUUACCACGAACAAUAACUCCUCGCAGACGAAGAGAAGAACGAGCAUGGACGAGAGCAGAGGGAGGUGGGAUGUCCAUAGUUUUAACAACAACAACAACACCGCGGUGAACUCGGCGUAUCACGCGCCUAAGAACCACGAGUGA